AUGCUCGCCAAGGCCCUCACCGCCGUGGUCACUGCCGCAGCGGCAUUCAGCCAGCUCGGCCAAGCGCAGACCACGCCUGCCGACGAAAAAUGGGCAGCCGCCUAUGAAAAAGCCAACACCGCCCUCGCCCGCCUCAGCCAAAACGAAAAAAUCGGCAUUGUCUCCGGCGUCGGUUGGGGCAAAGGCGCCUGCGUCGGCAACACCGGUUCCGCCGGCAGCAUCAACUACCCCUCCCUCUGCCUCCAGGACGGGCCUCUCGGUCUCCGCCACGCCCGGAGCGUCACGGCCUUCGCGCCCGCCAUCCAGGCCGCGUCGACAUGGGAUGUCGAGCUUAUCCGCCAGCGCGGGCAGUACAUGGGCGAGGAGGCAAAGGGUAUCGGCGUGCACGUGCUCUUGGGACCCGUGGCUGGUGCCCUGGGCAAGAUACCUGCAGCUGGGAGGAAUUGGGAGGCGUUCGGUCCGGAUCCGUAUCUUACGGGUAUUGCUAUGAUCGAGACCAUUGAGGGGAUCCAGAGCGCGGGCGUUCAGGCUUGUGCUAAGCAUUAUAUCCUCAACGAGCAGGAGAGGAACCGCGAGACGAUGAGCUCCAGCGUCGAUGAUAGGACGAUGCAUGAGCUGUAUCUGUGGCCUUUCGCAGACAGUGUCAAGGCAAACGUCGCCUCCGUCAUGUGCUCGUACAACAAGAUCAACGGAACGUGGGCCUGCGAGUCCCAAUCCGCCAUGCAGAAGCUCCUCAAGGACGAGCUCGGGUUUCCGGGAUACGUCGUCUCCGACUGGAACGCGCAGCACACGACCGCCGGCUCGGCCAAUGGCGGCAUGGACAUGACGAUGCCCGGAAGCGACUUCGACGGGCGAAACAUCCUCUGGGGCCCGCAGCUACAGAGCGCAGUGCAGCAGAACGCCGUCUCGGCCGCUCGCCUUGACGACAUGGUGCGUCGCGUCCUCGCGUCUUGGUACUACCUCGGCCAGGACUCGGGAUAUCCCCAGGUCAACAUGAACGCCAACGUGCAGGGUAACCACAAAGAAAAUGCGCGGGCUGUGGCGCGUGACGGGAUCGUCCUCCUCAAGAACGACGGGAACCUCCUCCCCCUCAAGAAGCCUGCCAAAAUCGCCGUCAUCGGCUCCUCUACCGUUGUCAACUCCGACGGCCUCAACGCCUGUCCCGAUCGUGGGUGCAACAAGGGCGCGCUCGCCAUGGGCUGGGGCUCGGGAACCGUCGAUUUGACGUAUCUCGUUGCUCCCCACGAGGCUAUCAAGGCCCGUGCCGACAAGGAGGGCAUCCAAGUCUCGCACAGCCCCUCUGACGAUGGCGGUGCCGGUGCCCAGGCCGCGCAGGGCGCUGAUAUCGCCUUCGUUUUCGUCACGGCUGAUUCGGGCGAGGGAUACAUCGAAGUCGAGGGUCACGGCGGAGACAGGAACCAUCUUGACCCCUGGCACGACGGAAACCGUCUCGUCCAGCAAGUGGCGGCGGCUAAUCCCAACACCAUCGUCGUCGUACACUCCGUCGGCCCCAUCCUUCUCGAGUCCAUUCUUCAGAACACCGGUGUCAAGGGUAUUGUUUGGGCUGGUCUCCCCGGCCAGGAGAACGGCAAUGCUCUCGUCGACGUCCUCUUCGGCGACACGAACCCUAAUGGAAAGCUGCCUUAUACUAUUGGCAAGCGCGCUGAGGAUUGGGGUGCGGCUGUUGUCAAUGGCGAUGAUAACUUUAGGGAGGGUCUUUAUAUCGAUUACCGUCACUUUGACAAGCAAUCCAUUGAGCCUCGAUACGAGUUUGGUUUCGGACUCUCCUAUACCACCUUCGAAUAUUCCGACAUCUCCGUCUCCUCCACCGCAACCCCCGGCCCCGCCACGGGAACCCUCAAGCCCGGCGGCCCCGAAGACCUCUACGAAAUCGUCGCCACCAUAACAGCCACAAUCACCAACUCCGGCGAAGUCGACGGCGCCGAAGUCGCCCAGCUCUAUGUCACCUACCCCUCCUCGGCACCCGAGACCCCGCCCAAGCAGCUCCGCGGGUUCCAGAAGCUGAAGCUCAAGGCGGGCGAGGCGGGCGAGGCGACGUUUAACGUGCGCAGGAAGGAUAUCAGCUUUUGGGAUGUUGGGCAGCAGAAGUGGGUUGUGCCGGAGGGGGAGUUUAAAGUCGCUGUUGGGGCUUCGAGUAGGGAUCUUAGGCUUGAUGGGGCGUUUACUGUUGCGUGA